AUGGAAGACAAUUACAAAGGAGAAAUUGCUCCCGAUGGAAAAUUUACUUGUUUUAUUUCUCGUAAGAUUUUAGAUUACGCAACAGAGUGUGGUUUGGAUUUUGCAGCCACUCCUCGUGCUCCACGCAUUUUGAUUUCUAACGAAGAAUUUAAGAAAGCUUAUUUGCUUGCCACCAAAGCCCAAGCAACUGCUCAAAAGGAGGAUAUUUUUCGUUGUUAUUUUUUGCACUAUGAAUUUUACACAUCCCAAGCGUUAGCAUUAGAAUUUGCGGCUAAUGAACACAAUGAGGGAAUAUUGGUUUCUAACGAUGCUUAUCAACAAGCACUUGUAGAAGGAGGCAAAAAUAAAAAUGAAUAUAUAAAAAGACAUAAAUAA